AUGGCCAAGGUAACUUUGAAACUGUUAGGAAAAAAAGGUGCUGGAGAAAAGAAGGUUAUCAAAGCCAACCGUCCAGUCAGGGCAGACUGGAAAGAAGGUGUCAAAAAAAAGCAAGUCGGUGUGUCUGAUAUGACCUUAUUAACCAAGAUUACCAAUGAAGCCAUCAACGAGAAUUUACAUAAACGAUGGUCAAACGCCGAAAUUUACACUUACAUUGGCCAUGUGCUAAUUAGUGUCAACCCUUUCCGAGACUUGGGUAUCUAUACCGAUGAAAUAUUAAAAAGUUAUGAAAGAAAAAACUUGUUAGAGAUGCCCCCUCACGUCUUUGCUAUCGCGGAAUCUUCUUAUCACCAUAUGAACAGCUAUAAGGAAAAUCAAUGUAUCAUUAUUAGUGGUGAAUCAGGCGCAGGAAAAACUGAAGCAGCAAAAAGAAUUAUGCAAUAUAUUGCAGCAGUAUCUGGGGAUGGUCAAAACUCUUCCAUCAAAGAAAUUAAAGAGAUGGUCUUGGCGACAAACCCUUUAUUGGAAAGCUUCGGUUGUGCAAAGACUUUAAGAAAUGACAACUCUAGUAGACAUGGUAAAUAUCUUGAGAUUCAAUUCAAUGCUCAAGGAGAACCUGUGGGUGCUAUUAUUACGAAUUAUUUGUUGGAAAAGAAUCGUGUUGUUGGUCAAAUCGAGAAUGAAAGAAACUUUCAUAUUUUUUACCAGUUAACAAAAGCAGCAUCCGCAGAAUACCAACAGACAUUCGGCUUACAAGGCCCCGAGAGUUAUUUAUAUACGAGUAAAAGUGGAUGCUUGGACGUCCCAGCCAUUGACGAUGUUCAGGACUUUCAAGCAACUAUAAAUGCUAUGAAUGUGAUUGGGUUACAAAAGCAUGAACAGGAUGAGAUCUUUAAAAUUCUGGCUAUCAUUUUAUGGUUGGGCAACAUUCUAUUUGUAGAGGACGAUAAUGGAACUGCAGCUAUCUCAGAUAUGGACGUUGCCAACUUCAUUGCCUAUUUGUUCAUGGUCGAUGCAGAUUCGCUUUCUAAGGCCUUAACCAGCCGUGUCAUGGAAACUCAACGUGGCGGACGUCGUGGUAGUGUUUAUGAAGUGCCCCUGAACAUUGUUCAAGCCACUGCCGUUCGUGAUGCCCUCGCUAAGGCAUUAUACGAACGCCUGUUUGAAUGGAUUGUUACUCGUGUCAAUGUCUCUUUGCAGGCACGUAGCGCUCACAACUACACGAUUGGUGUAUUGGAUAUUUACGGUUUUGAAAUUUUCAAAGACAACAGUUUUGAGCAGAUGUGUAUUAACUAUGUGAACGAGAAAUUACAGCAAAUCUUCAUUGAACUCACUCUCAAAGCGGAACAAGAUGAAUAUGUGCGAGAGCAAAUUCAGUGGACACCCAUCAAAUUCUUUAACAAUAAGAUUGUAUGUGAUUUAAUCGAGGAGAAGCGACCACCUGGUAUUUUUGCAGCCCUAAAUGAUGCCUGUGCUACUGCGCAUGCCGAUUCUAGCGCAGCAGACAAUUCAUUUGUCCAAAGAUUAGGCUUUUUGUCUUCCAACCCCCAUUUUGAAUCCAGAGGAUCUAAAUUCUUGAUUCGCCAUUAUGCUGGUGACGUGUUGUAUAAUAUAGAAGGCAUGACGGAUAAAAACAAAGAUCAAUUAUUGAAAGAUUUACUCAAUUUGGCUACGAGCUCUAGUAAUCAGUUCAUUUCCAAGACUUUGUUCCCAGAACGCAUUGACCCCAACUCUAAACGUAGACCGCCUACAGCUGGUGAUAAGAUCAAACAAUCAUGUAACACCUUGGUCACAAAAUUGAUGCAAUGCCAUCCGAGUUAUAUCCGUACCAUCAAGUCUAACGAUAACCGUAGUCCCUCUGAAUUUGACGAGAAGCGUGUUCUCCAUCAGGUCCAAUAUUUGGGUCUGUGUGAAAAUAUUCGUGUGCGUCGCGCUGGUUUUGCUUAUCGAACUACGUUUGAUAAAUUUGUUGAACGAUUUUAUCUUCUUUGUCCUUCCACCGGUUAUGCUGGUGAAUAUAUUUGGAAUCGAGAUGCUCAAAGUGGCGCCUUGGAAAUUUUAAAGUACAACAAUAUUCCUGCCGAGGAAUGGCAAAUGGGUACUACAAAGGUUUUCAUCCGACAUCCAGAAACGAUUUUUGCUCUGGAGAAUUUGCGUGAUAAAUACUGGCACAAUAUGGCAACACGUAUUCAGAGAGCAUGGAGAAAUUAUGUACGUUAUAAAAAUGAGUGUGCCAAAAAAAUUCAACGGUUCUGGAGACAGAACAAGUAUAACAUUGGCUAUUUGCAAAUGCGGGAGUAUGGUCAUCAGAUAUUGGGUGGACAAAAGGAAAGACGUCGUUUCUCUUUGAUAAGCAUGAGAAAAUUCACAGGUGACUAUCUGGAUAUCCAACAAGGAUCAGGAUUAGCUGCGAUGGUCAGGAAUGCUAUACAAUUCAAAGGAAAUGAGCAAGUUGUAUUUAGUAUGCGUGGUAAUACUUUGGUACCGAGAGCAAUGCGAUCCAGUGUCCCAAGCCCUCGAACAUUAGUUUUAACAAACCAAAAUUUACAUAUUAUUGUUACAACGAAGAAUGGCAAAAUGCUAUCUAUGGUUGAUGAAAAAGUGAUCAGUCUGAAUAUCAUCAAUGGCAUUAGUGUUUCUACAUUACAAGAUGAUUGGCUUAUACUACACCUGGAUUCUUCACCUGAUGGUGAUGUAAUAUUGCAGUGCAUGUUCAAAACUGAAUUAUUGGCGCACAUAUCGCAACAAACGGGUGGACGUAUUCGCGUGUCUGUUCUCCCCGAAAUCCAGUACAAGAAAAAGGGAGGUAAAUCAGUUACCAUGAAAUUUGUGAAAGAUGAAACAGCCAAAGGUGACGGAACAUACAAAAGCCAUGUCGUUAAGAUUUGCUCUGGUGAGCCAGCUGGAAGCCAGUCGCGUCCUCCAUGUGCUUCCAAGUCGCAAGUCUCUGUUCGAUCAAAGAAUAGUUUGACACCUGCUCGGAAAGCCCAACCGGCCAUGGGUAGCAAUAAUAGACCUUUUCCAUCUAUUAACAAUAGCGAUAGUACCUUAGGCAACGGAAACAAUGCGAGAAGACCCGCCCCAGCACCUCCAGCAGCGCCUAUGUCAACUCCUCCGCCUCCACCUCCGCCUCCUAUGUCAACCAAAGAACCUCAAUUUAAAGCAUUAUACCCUUUCCAGUCUCAACAACCUGGUGAAAUUGCUUUUGAAAAAGACGAUGUAUUGGAUAUUAUUGAAAAGAAUGAGAAUGGCUGGUGGCUAGCACGUACAGUGAAGAACGGUGUAGAAGGCUGGGUGCCCAGUAAUUAUCUUGAGAAGAUUAUAGCUACCUCGACCCCUCCAUUACCUCCUGCCGCUCCUGCUCCACCUGCAAGAAAAACGCCAGCCCCACCAAUGGCGGCUAUUGCUACUGCUCCUGUUGCUAACCCUAGAGCAACAGAUCCUGUACCUGCAGUUAGAAAAGCCCCUCCUCCACCUCGUCCACCUGCUACCAACACUAAGCCUGCUAUUCCCCCAAAAAAGCCUACCAUCCCUGUGCGACCUAGUAUAGGUGGUGGCGGUGCACCUGCUGCUGCCCCAGUACCAAGACCCGUGCCUCGUGCUCCCCCACGUGUUCCAGGCUCGAGUAAUACAAAUACAGCAGCUUCCUUAGCUGAUGCAUUACGUGCUCGUAGACAACAAGCCGCUGCAAAUGACGAUAGUGAUGAUGAAUGGUAAAUAGUUCAUAUAAAGUCACAUAGAUAGAGUUAAAGACACUAUAAGUAUAGAAUAAGAAACGAGAACUACUUUUCAUAACGGUUUAUAAGUGUUAAAGUUCGGUCGAGCUGAACAUAUGGACAUGUUUACCAAGGAAAUAUAUCUAACCAUUUCUAGAAAAAUAAUAAG